CUAUUGAACGCUCGCGCGACACAGAGAAAGUAGACCAAGGGGCAGAGACACUUUACCGACUCUUUCACACGGCGGAACACGGAGAAGACAGACACUUUCGCCUUUUGUCGCUGCUAUGAAACAACUUUUAAUUCCCCUGCUUUGGCCAUCACGCUCACUUGUGGAUUUAGAGGACUUUAUGGAGAUGCACUUUGCUUGAUCUUGAGGUUGUUGUUUUCACUACGUUUGCUAGGAUUUUAAGUUCCUCGGUUUGUGCAGUUGGAAACAUGCCGGAGAAAAUAAGUAUUUCGGAUUUCGUUUCUUUGGCGAAAGAGGACCUAUCGUCUCCGGGAAGCUCUGGAUUCCAGUCUAAAAUGAGCGACUGUCGCAGCACCGUGGCCGCUCUCGAAGAGUCUCUAGAGCAGGACCAGAUGUCUCUACAGAGGAUGAAGAAAAUUGUAAAAGCCAUCCACAACUCUGGACUCAAUCAUGUGGAGAGUAAGGAACAGUACACAGAGGUUCUGGAGAAUCUGGGGAACAGUCACCUAACGCAGGAUAACAACGAGAUAUCCACAGGCUUCCUGAACCUGGCUGUGUUCACGCGAGAGAUCACUGCACUCUUCAAAAACCUGGUGCAAAACCUGAACAACAUAAUUUCUUUCCCUCUGGAGAACGUGCUAAAGACUGAGCUGAGAGACAGCAGGCUGGAGCUGAAAAAACAGAUGGAGAAAAGCUGGAAGGAUUAUGAUGCUAAAAUAGGCAAGCUGGAGAAAGAAAGGAGAGAGAAACAGAAACAGCAUGGGUUGAUUCGGUUGGAAUCAACAGACACGGCAGAGGACAUGGAAAGAGAAAGAAGGAACUUCCAGCUGCAGAUGUGUGAGUAUUUACUGAAGAUUCAGGAGCUGAAAGUUCGUCAAGGUCCAGAUCUACUGCAGAGCCUGAUUAAGUACUUUCAAGCCCAACUUAAUUUUUUCCAGGAUGGACUGAAGGCUGCAGAGCAUCUGGGUCCAUUUGUGGAGAAGUUAGCAGCCUCUGUACAUACGGUUCGUCAUGAGCAGGAUGAAGAAGUAAAGCAGCUCUCUCAAUUGCGUGACUCACUCAGAACACAACUACAGGUUGAUGGCAAAGAGGAUUUUCUAAACAGGAAGAACUCUGGCCAUGGAUAUAGCAUCCACCAACCACAAGGCAAUAAGAAAUAUGGCACAGAGAAAUCUGGAUUCCUUCUUAAGAAGAGCGAUGGGAUCAGAAAGGUUUGGCAGAAGAGGAAGUGUGGGGUAAAAUAUGGCUGUCUCACCAUUUCACACAGCACGAUCAACAGACCACCCGCAAAGCUCAACCUCUUGACGUGUCAGGUGCGGCCCAACCCUGAGGAAAAGAGAACGUUUGAUUUAGUUACACACAAUCGCACAUACCAUUUCCAGGCUGAGGACGAGCAAGAAUGCAUGAUAUGGGUUUCUGUGCUGCAAAACAGUAAGGAGGAGGCCUUGAACACGGCUCUCGGAGGAGAUCAGCUCCAGUUCCAGGACAGUGGUCUGCAGGAGCUUGUCCGAGCUGUGAUCUCAGGCCUGAGAAACCUGCCAGGCAAUGAGGCCUGCUGUGACUGUGGAGCUCCAGAACCCACUUGGCUCUCCACUAACCUGGGCAUUCUCACCUGUAUCGAGUGUUCAGGAAUCCAUCGUGAGCUUGGAGUACAUCACUCACGAAUUCAGUCUCUCACUCUUGACGUACUGAGCACAUCUGAGCUCCUGUUGGCAGUGAGCAUUGGAAACGCCAAGUUUAAUGACAUCAUGGAAAUUAACAUGCCCAGUGAUGCAGUCAAGCCCCUUCCAAAAAGUGACAUGACAGCGAGGAAGGAGUACAUUGUAGCGAAGUAUGCAGAGCGACGCUACAUCCUCCCAAAAGAACACUCUGAAGCGUAUCAUGUGUAUGACACUGUGAGGAACAAAGAUCUCACGUCACUGCUACAGCUCUAUGCAGAGGGAGAGGACCUGUCUAAACCAGUGGCCACACCUGAAGGACAAGACCUGAAGGAGACCGGUCUUCACUUAGCUGUGCGCAUAUCUGAGAAGACUUCUCUGGCUCUGGUGGAUUUUCUAGCUCAGAACUGUGGCUGCCUGGAAAAGAAGACAGCAGAAGGAAACACAGCGCUUCAUUACUGUGCAUUAUACAACAAACCAGAGUGCUUGAAACUUCUGCUCAAAGCAAAGGCGGUUUUACACACAGUGAACUCAGCGGGUGAGACGGCUCUAGACAUUGCCAAGAGACUGCAGCACAUGCUGUGUGUCGAACUGCUGGAAUUGGCCCACAGUGGGAAGUUCAACUCUCAGAUCCAUGUUGAAUACACAUGGGAGACGCCACAGGACAUGUAUGACAGUGAAGAUGAUCUGGACGAAAGGGUAAGUCCCCAUCCUAAGGGCUCACGUUCUCCGCUGCCCCUUACUGGCAGCAAUAGGCACUGCUUGGCUGCAUGGAAUUUAAAUAAAAGCAGUCCGGCCAGGACCUAUGAGAACAUUGACUUCCUAUAUCGAAAUCCACCCAACAACAGCGCCCCCACUAAUGGCUCCAUGCCUCCUCCCCUGCCAGCUAAAGCAAUACAAAGAGGCCGUUCAGAUCCUCAGAUCUCGGGUUCCAUUCCAGAGACUCACGCCCCCUACCGCCAGAGUUCCCACCCCACCAGCUGCUUUCAGAGAAUCAGCACUUCAUCCCCUGUGACGGAGUCCCCUGGACCAACACCUUCACGCUCUCAUAGUACUGGAGGGUCAAAGGGACAUAGACAGACGGUGUACUGGGAGGGACAAUCUUUCUCAGGGGUCGAGGGCAAAAAUCACUCUACCUCACCACAGAGUCAGAGAGGACCUGUCAGUUCAGAGAAGACGACCUCAUAUCGCCGCACGAGCAGCGGCAGUCAAGGAAAUAGUUUGGCCCCAUCUCCAGGGUGUGCAGGCAGUCAGGAGGAACUCUACUGCAGUCCAGUGGGCGGGGCUCCCAGUCCUGCACCUCCGCCAGCGAAUGCUAACAACAGUGCCACAGUGCCAAUCAUACUGCCGCCACCUCGCUCACGCAAAAAUGCCAUGAUCUCAUUAAGGGAGAGACCCAAAAAGGUCAGAGCGUUAGUUGACUGCAGAGCAGUUGGUGCCAAUCAGCUGGCUUUCUUUAAGAACGAGGUCAUCAUAGUGACAGCAACUGAUGACCCACACUGGUGGGUGGGCCAUAUAGAGGGAGAACCAUCUAGAAGUGGCUCUUUUCCAGUCAACUAUGUCCAUAAAUUAGGAGAAUGAGAUGAACCUCCAUGAUCACUCCCAUUACACCACAUGGAACUGAUCUAGACUGUUGCUUUUAUCUUCAGAGCCGCUAGACCUAGAAGCUGUGGAGGCCUGAAAUGCACUUAGAAGAUGAAAGACUGGAGUUCAGACUCUUCCACAGCAUUAGUGUGGAUGCUGUAAGAUGAUCCACUGAUCCAUUUUUUAGCGCUGCUUAUAACAUAUCGCAGCUGUUUAACUGGACUGAAGGUUUGGCAGGUACAUCAUGAAUGACUGGACUUGGAACAGGCAGAAAAUGGAUGAAAGCUGACCGGCUUUUGAAACUUCCUGGCUUUGUUGUUUAAACAAACAACAUCACUUGUUCUUAUUGAUAUUGGCGUUGAGGCAUUUGUACAAACACUUGGACUUUGAGGUCUCUUAAGAGAUUGUCGCCCAGACUUUGAGGCACUGGGCUCAUUUACUGAAGCUCAUCCU